CCUGAAUUGAUUGUUAUAUCAUCUUUUCAAAAUGUGGCCAGAAGUCGAGGCUGCGAAAGCCGACAAAAAACGGGAGCUAUCAAUUACCGGUAAAGGCUUCGCCGAAAAAAUCAAAAAGGACGGGCUAGAUCCAAUUAUUUUCAGUUUACAACAUUUGAAUUUUCUAAAUGUUAGCGACGUUUCAUUGGAAAUUUUGCCCGAUGACAUUGCUAACUUGGAAAACUUGCAAAGUCUUUUACUAUUCGGAAAUAAAUUAACCACACUCCCAAACGCCGUGUUUAAACUGAUAAAUUUAAAAAUGUUAGAUGUAUCGCGAAAUGCUCUCAAUGAGUUCCCUGAAAAUAUGAAUUCUCUAAACAAAUUAGUCAGUAUUAACAUGUCGAACAAUAACAUCGAAUCAGUGCCCAAGUGUUCUAUUCCAACUUUAAAGUCACUCGAUAUAUCAAAUAAUAAAUUAACAAGUUUUCCAGAUAUUUGCUACAGUGAGAUGAAUCAGUUAUCAGAGUUACAACUACAUGGCAACAAAAUUGAAAAUGUUCCAGAGAAUAUUUCUGACUUGCCGGCUUUGAAGUCUCUUGAUUUGUCUUCUAAUGCCAUUAAAAUUCUUCCAAAAACACUGGCAAAUGUUUCCAAGUUGAAAGAUCUAAACUUGAAAGAAAAUCCAUUAAGUGAUAAAAGAUUGUUCAAACUCGUGGAACAAUGUCGUACCAAACAAAUACUGGAUUAUGUUAAACAACAUGGGUAUGUUUCUAAAGAUGAUUCAAAAGCCUCGACUGGUAAUAAAAAUCAACCAAGUAAAACAAACAAAUCAGAACAACCGGAAAAAAAUAUAAAUACCAAAGCACAUAGAAUUAAAGUAUUUAGGGCUCAAGAUGAUGGAAUAAAAGUACAAUAUUGCGAAGAAGUCCGACAACUAAGACCUUUCAUAUUUUGUUGUGUUGUUAAAAAUAUAAAUCUAAAAGGUGAAAAUAGACUACGCAGAUUUUUGCAAGCUCAAACUAGAUUGCACGAUACUGUAUGUCUAAAACGAGAAGGAGCUACCAUUGCCACUCAUGACGCUAGCAAAAUCAAAGGAAAUCUACUAGACUACACUGCAUUACCACCUGGAAAACUUUUCGUAACACCAUUAGGUCAGUCUAAUGCAAUUACAUACAGAUAUUUAUACUUAUUGGAAGGUAAAGAUAAAUUUCCCUGUAUGAUGAAUUCUGCAGAAGAAGUUAUUAGUGUUCCUCCAUUGACUAACAGUGACAUCACAAAGAUGACUGAAGAUACUGUCGAAUUGUUUUUAGAAGUUACAAGCAGUAAUUCUGUGAAUGCAUGUAGACAGGCUAUGCAAGCUUUAAUAAAAGAAAUAUUGAUGUUGGGAAUAGCAGAUAUUGAUAUAAGCGAUGAACAUUUCCAUAAUAUGGUUAUACAUCAAGUGAAAGUUGUGGAUCCUGAAGGCAAUUUGCGUAAUGUUUAUCCUUCACGGACAGAUUUGAUAUUUGAGGAUGACAAUACUAUUGUAGUGGAAAGGGAGUAAAAAUUCAAGAUACGCUAUAAAAUAGCAUUAAAAAUGUGCUUCUGUAUUUACUAAAUAUUAAAUAUAUUCUUGGAAUUUUAUAACAUUA